CAUAUAUUCUACGUCAUGCGUAGAAACAGGCAACCGGAACAGACUGAGUGGAAGCAAGUAAGCAACGUGUUGUGGUGGAAGACAAGUGAUAUUAAUGUAAUACAGUAUGGCACAACUACCAGCAACAACCAAGGAGACUUUGACAGAUGACAAUAUUUUGGAAAACACUGCUGUGAUGGAACAAGAUCAUUGUAAAUCCUUAGCUUCUGAAACAUUUUCUGUUCAGACAUCAGAGUCUGGUGAAAUGGAGAAGCUGCAAUUUACUACAGUGAUCAAUAAUGAACUUGAUAUUGAAAUCCAUGGUUACAAAGAACAUCAGCCUGGUAUGGAGGAUUUCACAGGUGCUAAAGAAGUAAAUGGCAAUUUGCUGCCAGAAGUCACGGACCAGUUUAAUAAUGCAGAUAUAACAUUUCAAAAGCCAGAAACAAAUAUUUGUGACAUAACUGGUUUGACAAGACAAGCUGUUGACCAGAAGUCCAACGAUGAAGAGAUGGAGGUUUCAGUGGCUGCCCAAAUGCAGACCCUUAAUUUCAUGAAUUCCUCGCAGAUUCUUGAUGAAACACAGGAAACAGCAGGCUUGCAUGCUGAGGAAGGUGGCAACUGUCCUCAGGAUCAUGUGACUGUGAAGAGCGAAAUUCAGGAGGGGGGUGCUGUUGAAGGCAAUGAUGAAAGCACUCCAUCGGAAGACUCUUCAUCAGAAAGUGAUUCUGAUUCUUCUUCCUCCUCCACAUCACCCUGUCUAGUGCUUUCUGAAGCAGAUGAUGAUGAUGACUGUAUGGGACCUGGAAAAGUGAGGAAACCGCAGCCUUUAAAAACUAAAGAUGAAAUUCUACCUGAGGAACUGCCCAGUGUUGAAGAGGUGACAAUUAUUCUGCCAGAAGAUGUUGAAAUAAAGCCGAUUGGAUUUGUGUCAAGUAUAAUUGAACAAUUAGUAAUAAUUGAGUCACUGAAGGAUACACCGCCGCUUAAAGAUGAAAGUGUUGUUUUUAAUGAAGGAAGACUUGCUGUUGGAAAGAUAUUUGAAAUAUUCGGACCAGUCUUCCGUCCUUAUUAUGUUCUUCGAUUCAACUCCCAUCAACAUAUUGCAGAAAAAGAUAUCAAAAUGCAAGAAAAAAUGUAUUAUGCUCCUUCAGUUAAAGACUUUACUGAGUACAUCUUUACAGAAAAACUUGAGAAGGAAAGAGGCUCUGAUGCAUCUUGGCAAAAUGACCAGGAGCCACCACCUGAGGCUUUGGAUUUCAGUGAUGAUGAAAAAGAAAAAGAAUUUAAAAAGAAGAAGAAAAAGCCUCAGACGAAACAAAGAUUUGAUCAAAAUCUGUUAAAUGCAGACAAAAAUAUCGAAGAGCCUAUGCAGUGUAGGUGGCAACACCAUGCUCCUCCGAGACAAGAGAGAGGGUACCAGGGCUUUCCAAACCCUGCAGGCAGAGGAUUCUCCUACUCAAGAGGGCCGUUCAACCCCAACUCUAACAGACCAUUCAGACCUUCAGGUUUCCCGCCCUAUGCCAACAGAAUGAUGCCGCCUCCGCCUCCACCACCACACUCCUAUGACCAAGGAAACUUUAUGUUGCCUUCCCCCUACCCACCACAAUUCCAGCACCCAUGGCCCAACAUAAUGCCUCCAUUCCCACCUCCUCCUCAUAUGAAUAUGCAUUGGCCAAACCAUGAGAUGGGCCCCCCUCCGCUGUUGCAUAAUGUGCCUUUCCAACCCCCUCCCCCUCCCCCUCCCCCUCCUCCACCUUAUCCAGGCGCUCGUUUUACACCUCAAAAUUAAUCCCACAAUGAGCCUCGUUUUAGUGGUCAUGGAAAUGAAACUUCAGGUUACCCAAGUUUAUUUUUAUUUUUAGAAAGAAAAAAAAGUUAUUUAAAAAGGGUAUUUUUGUUUUCCUUGCAAGGUGAGGUUUACACAUCUUCCAAAUCUGCUUUCUUUUCGAGGUAGAUCAUAUUAGAAAUGAAUCACUGUCUUUCAAUGUGUAUAUACGAAUAAAGAUAACUGCACAUCAAACACAUCCAAUAACAUAUAUUUAAAUGAGUAAAAUUCCACCUUUCUUGUUACUCUGUUAUUAUAUUGGCGAUUUAUGUCUGCCAAAACAUAACAUACACGUCACUCAUUAUGCAUAGAGUGCAGUUUCAUUAAUAAUUACUAUUACUGUAUUCUGUGUACUUGUUCCAUUAUAAUUUCUUGUAAUAUGAUAAAAACUUGAAACUUACAAUAUGUUCUUGUUAACCAAAGGUUAUGUAGAGUAAUAAACACACAUUGUUUUUCAUUAUUUAUAAAAAUAUAAAUAAUUUUGCCUAGACGGUGUCCAAAAGGCAACAUUUUUAGAGCAACUAAACUAAAUUUCUGGACCUAUUACUAUCCAAUCCUGUAAUAAGAUUUGCAAAAUUGCAGCCCUUGGAGUCAUGGUGUUGCAGAUCUCCCCUUUAUCUAGUUGCUGCAGUCAUACCAAAUUAAUUGUUAUAAUCAUCUUGGUUCCUGGACAGAUCCUGAUGGUCUAUAUGGUGCAGAAAUAAACACUGAUAAGAGCUCACUAGAUUGUAACAAAUAAUUUGGUAUGGACUAGAUGAAAGUGGGCUUUGGAUCAGUAUGGGUCAAUUCAGCAUACCAGUGGUUUAGUCCACUAGAAAUGGACUAACUUCAGGACUAGAAAAUCCCCAGGAAUUCUACAAAAUUAGUUCCAAUUGCCCCUUACCAAUCGGAAGAUCCAGUUAAUUCAUUUAGCUGAUAUGAUCAAGUGGACCAAGUUAGACUGAUCAUGGGAAGCAACCCAUAAACCACUAUGUGGAAAAUAUAAACCAUGCUAUUAGACGAUUUGAAGAAUAGUUUCUGUGCGUUGUUGUGUAAAUAUAAUUAGACCACAUUAUUUCCCCAUUCUUUUUAUAUAGUUUAUUUACAUUAUACAUCUUUUUUUUUUUUUCUCCCCUGUAUUAAUUUUAACUUUAGGACUAAUCUGUCAGUUAAAAUGAAAGUGGAAUCCACUGUUCCACUCAAUGUAUGUGCUAUAAAAUAGUGUACAUUUGUUGUUCAUUUGUGUGGUCAUUUUGAUGUCCUAUUCAAACUGCAAGAAAUAAAAUGCAUACUUUGUAUGGGGAAUAUAGAAAGUAAAAUAUACAAAGAAAUCAAA